GCGAGACUCGUCACGAUGACGUCCACAUGAGCGUAACCUGUUCAUCCUAGCCAUCGUUGCGUACAUCGUUUUUAUUUUACAAGGAUUAUUUGAUAUAGAAUCGCUGGGUUUCCGCUUGUUGUGCCACAGUUGUUCGGUCUUUGGCCUGAAACGGUUCUACUUUUGUUCUCUCCCUGCGCGGGAUCCCAGAGAGCAGAGAUGUAUAACGGUAUCGGUUUGACCACGCCACGAGGCAGUGGCACGAAUGGUUACGUUCAGCGGAACCUGUCCAGCGUACGCGUGAAGAGGACCAGGGACGAGCGCGGAGGAGAGCGGGAUGAGAAAGACAGAGAGAGACUGGAGAGCCAGCUGAACAGACAACCUAACGCUGAUAUCCUCGAGCACCAGAGGAAGAGACAGCUGGAGGUGAAAUGUGCCGAGCUGCAGGACAUGAUGGAGGAGCAGGGGUACUCAGCAGAGGAGAUCGAAGAGAAGGUCAACACCUUCCGCUUGAUGCUGCAAGAAAGAGAAGAACCUGCCCCUCCUCCAACAGAGAGGCCAGCCGUGACUGAGACUCAUGCACUGGCAGCUGCUAACCAGCAAAAAAAUGACCGUCUGAGAGAAGCUUUCGGUAUCAGCUCUGACUACGUUGACGGCUCAUCCUUUCAUCCUGACCGGAAGGAGCGAGAGAAGGAGAAGAGGGAGCAGGAGAGGCUGGAAAGAGAGAAGCAGCAGCAGCAGAAGUACCAGAUUAUUGAGUCCGAAAACUCAGAUUCAUCUCCUGAGCGAAAAAAGAACCAGAAGAAGAAGAAAAAGAAAAACAAAAGCAGAGAAAGCUCUGAGAGCCCCUCACCCUCUCCUCGACGAGAGAAGAAAAAGGACAAGAAGAAGAAAAAGAAAAGGGAGGAAUCAGUGAAGAGUGACACAGAAAGUUCAUCAGAUGACAGAGAAACAACCAAAAGAAAGAGAAAAGGGAGUGACAGUGAAACUCCUCCUCCCAGUAAGAGCCGAAAACGCCAGAGUGCAUCCUCCAGCCCAGCUCGCAGCCCAUCCCCUCAAAGAGGGAAACGGCAGAAUAAAUCAGCUUCUCGUCCAGAUGAGGGGAGAAAAGGGAAGUCCCCUGACAGAAGGCUUUGUGGCCGUAGUGAGGAAAGUCCAAAAAGGAUAGCAGUCAGAGAGAGGUCACCAAGAGGCUCAAGAACGCCUGAGCACAGCAGAAGAGACAAAGGCCGAGAACGUGAAAGAGAAGUGCAAGACAAACCUCAGAGAAGACGACCGGACUCCUCAUCACCAUCUCCACCACCAAAGCAGCAGCGGGGCAGACGACCACGGAGUGAAGAGAUAGAGAAACCCCCUCAGACAAGAAGACAUGACUCUUCACCUUCUCCAGCACGCAAGCAGCAGCGAGACCGGCGACAGCGGAGCGCAGAGAAAGAGAAACCCUCUCAUUUGAAAAGACACAACUCUUUGUCUCGCUCUCCAUCUCCUAAGCAGCAGAGAGGCAAGAACCGAGGGGACGAUGAGAGAAAGAAAAAAGGUCAAAGAAGACAUGACUCAUCCUCGUCCCCAUCUCCUUCACCACAUAAAGACAUAACAAAAAGAGGACACAGUGGAGAGAAAGAGAGAGCCGUUUCCCCCAGGGACAGGGAAAAGGAGAGACAUGGGGACCGAGCGAGAGACAGACAGAGGAAUAGUGAUAGAGAUACAAUCCUAUCUAGUAGAAAAGAUGACAGAGGACGGGAGAGUGAUAAAGGAAAGGAGAGAGUACGAAACCGGUCUAAUGAAUCCAUGUCUCCUGCUAAGCGUUCACCUUAUGCAAACGGAAGGCAAAAAGAACGAGAUCGUGAACCAGAGAAGGAACAAGAAGAACAGCGAGAGAAGGACAGAAGGAAGGAGGAGGAGAUGAAAGAAGAGGCUCUGAGAAAAGCCAGAGAGAGUGACAGAGAAAAGGAGCGAAACCUCACCAGAAGACCAGAAGUGUCCCGAACAGAAAGGAAGGCCGCCUCUAGCUGUCAGCCUGAGGACAGGCGAGGUGCCAGAGGAAGUGAGAUGGAGCAAGAGGUGGCCAAGAAAGACAGGAGAAUGGAGGAGGACAGGAGACCUGAGAAGAGUCCUCAAGGCCAGAAGGAGAAACAGAUGCAAAAGGAAAAGCCCGGGAAGAAAGACAAAGUGAAAGCUGUGAGCAGCAGCAGCAGUAGUAGUAGCAGUGGCAGCAGCAGCAGUGACAGUGACAGCUCCUCAUCUUCAUCCUCCUCCUCCUCUUCUUCAUCAUCCUCAGAAGAUAAAAAGAAGAGAAGUUCAAAAGACAGCAGUUCUGCUGGUAGAUCAGUUCCUAAUUCUGUCAUAGCUCUGGCUAUUGCACGCCGAGAGAAGGAGAACCGAGGAAGGGAUGGAGAGAGUGAUGAAGGCAGAAAGAUGUACCCUCCCACACAAAGACAAAGCUCACCUCCUGAGUCUCAAAGGAAAAGGGACGAUGUUGAUAAGAGACAGCAAGUCAUGGACAAAGAGCAAAGGCCUGGCCACUCCUCAUCUCCUUCCAUCAGAGCUAAAGACUGGGAAUGUGGAAAAGAGAGAUACACUCCCACUGAGAGUUCAAGCCCUCCUCCUUCGCCCCCCCAGAGAGGCCAGAACAGAGGAGCCCCGAGUGGGGACAGGAACACACCCUCAGAGGAAACCAAAUCUCAGAGCAGAGAUAGAGGAGGCGAGCGAUAUACCCCAUCAGAGCUGGAACGAGAGUCUUCACAUCCCUCACUUGGCAGAGGAAGAGAUCGACAAAGUGACCGAAAGAAAGACUCGUCGCCUUUGUCUCCGAGGGAAAAAGGAAGGAACGACGUGCCACAAGUCAAACCGAUUGCUUCUCGGCCUUCACCGAAACGCACUCCACCACGACAGUACCAGGACCCACAAUCUUCACGCUCUCCCAGUCCGAGACGAGGAGUGAGGAGACCAUCGCCUUCACGAAACUCAUCCCCUUCCCGACGGGACCGCAGCCGGGAACGCCUCAGAGAGCGAGAGAGGGAGCGAUUUAGGGCAAGGCCAGCGGACAGAGAUCGAGAUCAUUCCAGGGAGAGGAGAACAAGGAGCAGCAGAUCUAGGAGUCCCCGAAGAAGAAGUCCUCCUUACAGAUAUCGUUAUUCACCCUCUCCUGUACGUCGGCGCAGAAGUCGUUCACUAUCACGAGAAAGAGAAAGGGAGAGAGAGCAGGAGAGGAGGAGGAAUCGAGAGCGAGAGAGACAGCGUGAACAGGAGAAAGAAAGAGAACGAGAACGGAGAACGAGGGUGCCACCCAAAGAUCCCACUCCUCCACGCCGUUCUUCGUCGUCAUCAUCAUCCUCUUCCUCCAGUUCGUCCUCUUCAACCUCUCCCUCUCCCCAAAGACAGAUGAAGGGUGUAAAGUCUACAGAUGCAGAUAAAGACAGAUCAAGGGAAACUGAUGAACAGACAAAAAAUAACCAACCAGAAAGGAACUCCAAACAUCUGUCUCCCUCCCCUCCUAAAGAGACGCGUCUCCCUUCCAACCAACCCCAUCAUCGCUCUCGCUCCCGUGAACGUCCUGCCUGUUUAGGAUCACCAGAGACCAACCCGUCACAAAGCAGGGAUCCACCUGGUGACCGAUUAAAAGGCCUGCCCCCAUCAUCUGUCCAUGAACCGUCAACGAUAGGAAAGAUGUCCGUAAAUGGGAAACCAGAGAAGGAGAGCUCUGGCCAACAGCAGAAGAGAAGCAGCUCGAGCUCUUCCUCUUCCUCCUCCUCAUCAUCCUCGUCCUCAUCUUCAUCCUCAUCAUCAGACAGCUCAGACUCUGAGGCAGAGAAAGCAAAAGGCGCUGUUAAAGCAAAUACAAGUAGAGAUGCUGGCAAGAUGGCGAAAAACAGAACUUCUUCGUCGUCAUCUUCCUCAUCAGAAAGUGAACAAGAAGAUAAGACUAAAAGUCCUCCGCGGCCCAAGAGAGUGCCAGCAGACUCGCUGAGAGACUCUCGGUCACUCAGUUACUCCCCUCCAGCAAGACAACGAAGACCUGCACAUUCUCUACCCUCUCAACGCAGUUCUAGCAGGAAGUCGAGAAGCAGAUCUCCAGGCAGUCGGCGGAGGAAAUAAGCGAAAUCUUUUUUGUUUUCUGGACUCUCUUACCUGACCCUCACUGGAUUGAAUCAUCUCCAUAUCACACUAUGGAUGACACAAAAAAAUGUGACUAGUUGUAAUGGCGAUAUUUUCACCAUUAGUAAAGCAAGGUCUAGGAAAACAUGGUUCUUUGUAACUCAUCCCAAAAUGGAAGAUUUAUUAUUACUUUUAUUAUGAUGUAAUUAAUGUUUAAGGCAAGGCCAGCUGAGAAACUGAAGCUCAACAAGUAUUGCUCUGUGCCAACAGAUGCUGGACACUUUGUAUACACACAUUCACACACAAACAAAAAAAUAUAUAACACAUGUCCAGUGGUUUUCUGUCUGCUGCAUUGUCCUGAAUGUAGAUGAAUGUCUGUAAUUAGGUGAUCAGAAUGGACUAUAUUCUUUUCCUGCAUAUGUAAACAGACUCUGUUCCUAUUUGUUUAUUUGUGGGGGGGAAUAACUAUGAAUAAAAUGGCAGUAGAA